AUGGCUCAACAUGAUGGUCAAAUCAAUGGGCAGACACCGCUUCUGGGUGUCAUCAUGUGUUGCACGUCUAUCGCGCCGGAGCAACGUGGCGCCCUCGCACAAGUCGCAACUCAGAUGGGCGCCAUCCACAAGUACGAUCUCACGUCCGAUGUUACCCACCUGAUCAUUGGCAAUAUCGAUACCCCCAAAUACAAGUACGUAGCGAAGAACCGCCCCGACGUCAAGGUCGUGACGCCUGCUUGGAUCGGAGCGGUGCGGAACUCGUGGAUGGAGGGAGGCGACACCGACGUCGAAGCGCUGGAGAAUGAAUAUCGAGUGCCUACAUUCAGUGGGCUGAGGAUAUGUGUAACGGGCUUCGAGGACCUCGCGCAAAGGGAUCAUAUCGCCAAGACUGUCGUGGCCAACGGCGCAGAAUACCACGGCGACCUGACAAAGGCCGUUACCCACCUCAUCGCGGCGGUCCCAAGUGGCAAGAAAUACGAAUAUGCCCGAAUGUGGCAAGUGACCGUCGUCUCUCUAGAAUGGUUCCAAGAAAGCGUCGAACGCGGUAUGGUUCUCGAGGAAGAGCUAUACGACCCGGUACUCCCUCCCGAACAACGCGGCAAAGAUGCAUGGAAGCGAGAGCCGGAGGAAGCAGUCGCACUGGGCAAGAGAGCGAGAGAUGUUGAGCACGCUGCAGCCGUAGGGGAUAGCAACCGCCGAAAGCUCAGACGCACUGCGAGUACGAAGCUCGGAAGCCAGAGCCAAAGCAUCUGGGCCGACAUGGCUAGCUUUGGGCCGAGCAAGUCUGAUCCUGUCUACGGUGCGCCGUCUGGCGGGGAUCUCAGCCUUCAUCCAAAGCCCAAAGCUCAGCCCGCGAUAGGAACUGCAACUCAGCCGUUAGACCCGAGGCCGAACGCAGACACAGGAAAAUUGAUGUCAGUAACGGGAAAUACUCCAGCUAUUGGCCACUCAGGAAAUCGGGGCAUCUUCGGGGGGCGGGUUGUCUGCAUCGUUGGCUUCGACUUCAAACAGACGUCUAUACUUCAAACGCACCUCAUUGCCAAUGAAGCCCAAGCUGUACUCGACCUCAGAGACCUUGAUAUGCACUCGCCUGAUGAGUUGGCGCAAGGCUUUCUUGUCAUACCCCAUGAUCUUCCACGAGACCAGUGGCCUGCACGACCGGAAAUAGCUACUCAAUUGUCGAGAGUGACCGAGUGGUGGGUGGAGGCCUGUCUCCAUCGGAAGGCGUUGGUUGAUCCGGUAGACGAGAUUCUGUGCAAGCCGUUCGAGCGGCUUGGUAUUGAGGGCUUUAGGGACCUCAUCGUGUGCUCUACCUCCUUUAUAGGAGUUGAUUUGCUCCAUAUUUCUAAGGUUGUGAAGUUAAUGGGUGGCAGGUAUGAUGAGUAUCUGAAGCCGACUACGUCAGUACUUGUCUGCAACUCCGCUACCCCUAACAAAGAGAAGCUGAAGUAUUCCUCUGAGCACAAUAUUCCCGCAGUCUCUGCGGGAUGGCUGUGGGCAAGUAUCCAGACUGGCAAGAUGCAGCCUUUUGAUGACUACCUAUUGAAUGCGCCACAAAAAGCCAAGGCUGGUCUUCGAAAACAAGGCCCUUUCGUGGAUGGAGCAGACGACGAGGAACACGAAGAGGAAUCCGUAAGAGACCUCCCAGCUCAAGCCAACACAAAACUUCCACGCACUAAGAACCCCGAGUUCGAGCGGAUAACUCCGCAAUCCAGAGAAAAACCGCCGGAGAACACACGAGCACGUACACGCGACGCCCGACACUUCGAUCCAUCGCACCCCGCAGACCAGGAACUCAAAGACAGCCUUGCUGGCUCUCACGUGCCAGUCCAACCUGUGCCAACGCCACCACCUUUACAAGACCUAGCUCCGGAAGUCAACUCACCACGCCGACCGUCUCUACCAUCCCACCGCUCCUCCUCGGCCAAGUCCAAGCCCGACAGCCUGGAGUCGACCGCAGAACAGGAACCAGUGCCCGCCGUUGUCGAUCCCGCGGUUUCUCUGAAUAACACCAUCGCCGAACUGCUUGCGCAAAAGCAAGCAUCCAAACCCACCAUCGCUCCGCCCGAAAGCAAUCUGCAGCGCCGUCGACGCAGUCGACUGGGCCGUGCGCCGUCCCUUCAGUCCAACCCCUCGACCACCCACUCAACCUUCUCGCGCACGAGCUCGCUCAACGACGCACGUCCCAACCUCUCCAGCGUAACUGAAGUCAACGCCGAGGGAACUAGCGGUCUGGGCAGUCUGGCGGAAGUGCUGCCCAGCCAAGCGCUGAUCUACGAGGACGAGGACGUGCAGAGGCAGCGGGAGCAGCUGAUUCGGAAGAUGGGCGGACGGGUUGAGCAGGAGGGCGGGAAGAGGGUGCAGGGGAUCGGGGUCGUGAGGGAUGUUUUCCAUGAGGAGGGGGGCGGGAGGGCGAAGAGGAGAGGAAGGGCGCGGAAUGGGUGA